AUGGCUGCAGUAGUGGACCGGUGCAGUCGCCCCCAGGUUGCAGUCACGCUCGACGAUCAGAAGGAUGGGGUUGUCAAUAGCUACACAACGGGUGAUGAGAUAAAUGGCAAUGUGACGGUCUCUGUGAACGAGGAUGUGACCAUUGAUGCCUUUCAGAUCACCUUCGAAGGCAUCAGUGAGACCACUGUCGAACCACCGGGGACUAUUAUCAAUCGAACAGCGGCCACUCGCUACUUUCUUAGGCUGCGCCAGCCCGUUGACUUUGGAGAGCUUCCUCAUUGUCGAACCCUUCGCCGCGGCAUUCUGUAUACCUUCCCGUUCAACUUUGUUUUGCCUGACCGGCUAUUGCCCCAAGCGUGCGACCACGAAACAUCCAACUGGGUUCUGAAAGAUGCUCAUGCCCGCUUACCACCUACCCUCGGUGACCCGGUGUAUUUACACAGUCAGCGAACCGCGCCUGAUGAUUUCGCGCCCACUGCAUGUCGGGUGAGCUACAUCGUCAAGGUCUGGAUAACGAAGAACCCGUCUGAUGGCGACAGUCAAUUCUCAUCUAAUGUACUGGCUGCUGUCGGCAAGAAAGUACACGUUAUCCCUACCGUGGAUGAAGAGCCCCCACUGAGUGUCCAAGAGGACUCCGCGGAAUAUCGCCCAUGGGCAGAGACUCUAAUUCGUAAAGGCUUGUUCAGGACCGCGACCGGACAGUUGAAGUUGUCCGCAGAUCAGCCUCGGCCGCUAGUGGUGCAGCUUCGCGGGUGUGAGCCCUCCGUGACAUCGAGCAUUCUUGCGAAGCUGAACCUUCGAUUCGAUCCUGUCGAGGAUGAACAACCACCCCAGUUGGAUACGGUAUGCAGCCAACUAAAAGUGAUGACCUUUCUGAGCGUGCUACCUUUCACCGACUUUCCCACAAAUGCCCCGAAUGAAUGGAACCAGAUGAAUCGACGGACCUUUCAGCAGGUGAUUCCCUUACUCAAUAUUCAGGUCGGCUCCGUUGUUUGGCAGAAGGAAAUCGAAACACAUAGUGCCCAGGAUGGCAUUUUCUGUCAACACGGAGCUCAGCAAAAGACGUACUAUACGGCAUCUAUCUCGAUUCCUACCAGUCUUCCCCAGGGCAAAUCCUUCAUACCGACCUUCCACUCCUGCUAUAUAUCCCGAAUAUACAUCUUGAAGCUGAAAGUCUCCUAUCUUACCUUGAGCCGCUUGACCGGAACAAACUCGAUCAAGCUGCCUAUCCAGAUUACUGCAGGAAGACAGGCUUGA